CUUACAUGCAGUGUCCACUCACCCACAAAGUGUCUUGUCUGUCCAUCCAAGCUGUCCUGUCUUGUCGGUCUACUGGCCUUCUUCCAUUACCUACCUGCAAACUGGCCAUUUUCUCUGUCUCCCUGCUUUCUCGCCACUUCUGCUUUCAUUUUGGCCUGAUGCUCCCUCCCUUCCUGUCUUUUAGCAGCAUUGGGAUGAACAACUCCACCAUCAUGGGGGGCCGGUGCCGGCUUAACGACCCCAUGCAGUUCAUCCUGGUGCCAGCCGUCUACUGCCUGGUGUUGUGCGUGGGGUUGCCAGGCAACCUGGCGGCCUUGCUCGUCUUCCUGCAGAGCGGGCGGGUGAGGAAGGCGAUCCGCAUCUACCUCAUCAACCUCACACUGGCUGACAUCUUCUUCAACCUCACCCUGCCGUUCUGGAUCCCUUACUACCUGGCGGAGGGGCACUGGGAGCUGCCGGAAGCCUUCUGCCGCCUGGCCGGGGCCACCUAUUAUUUGGCUACCUACAGCGCCAUGGCCUUCAUGACACUCAUUAGCCUCAACCGCUACUGUACGGUGGCCAAGCUGGAGCUGGCCUUGAACAAACCCCAGGGAGCGUUGGUGGCCUGCACGGUGGCCUGGGUGUUGUGCGUAGCCUGUGCUGUUCCCUCCUUGGUUACCCAGCAGACUCACCGGGCUGAAUCCAUCAGCCUGAAGUGUUUUGAGCAGCACUCGGGCCGGAGCAGCUACGCCUACGCCAUGGUGGUUUUGUUUGCGGCCUCCUUCCUGAUCGUGUUAGGCGCCUACCUGUCCAUCAUGAGAUCUCUCUCCGCUGCCACCGGCACCUGUCGAGGUGGACACCGGCGUCGAGCACGCGCCAUGGCCCUGGGCAUGCUGUUGGUGUUUGUAGUCUGCGUGGCCCCCUAUCACCUCUCCCUGGUUCCCUGGGUAGCUGACUGGAUGUCUGGCUCUCUGUGCAGCCCUCCAUCAUUCCUGGACAACCUCCACAUGUUCAGUGUGGCUCUCCUGAGCCUCAACAGCUGCAUCGACCCACUCAUCUAUUGCUUCUCCAUCAAGCGCUUCCGGACAGAUUUGUGGGCGAUGGUGCGAAAGGUCACCCGCUGCCACCCGCUGCCCUUGCCACCGCCACCACCUCUGCCGCCACCCUCAGAAAACAGAUUUCCAGCCAAUAUUAGGUCAUCUUCCUUAACCUCCUCAUAGCUGGGGUGAAGACAGUGUCCAUCCCUCACACAUUUCCAUCUUCUCUUCUGUCUUCUGGACUUGGUUGGAAAUGACUUAUGGACAGAAAGGCCUCAUUUGAUUGGAUUGUGUAUUGUAAGUAGCAACUACAUUGAGUUACCUGUCAGAACUCUCUUCCUAUCUGUGAUCCACAUCAGUUCAAAUUAGGGCGGCCAGGUGUCCUUUUUUAAAGAUCAAGAACCAUAAGAACUGUUGCCCGUCAACAAUGAGCACCUGAACAGGAGACUGAACAGGCAGGUACACAGGCCACCUGGUCAUAGU